CAAAGUUCAGAGGAAAAUGAACCAUUCUUUCCACAUCCAACUCACAGAUAUGCUUACUAGCAGUUCAUUCCCAAUGGUGGUUUUGAGAAUUGGAAGCUCAAAAUAGCUCAAUCCAGCCAGAGAGCCUGCAAAAAAAAAAAAUUGUUGUAUCUUUCAUCCAUUCAUGGCUCCAACUCUCACUUCCAAUUCAUUCCUCUUAACCACCACACCCAAUUCAAGACUCUCUCUCAAGAACCCAAGAGUAUUCACAGUGUUUGCCAAGAAGGCUGGACCAUUCCCACCCUUUCGGCUAGGCAAACAGUCGAACAACUCAGGAUCAUCCUCUGAAGAAAGUCAAGAGGAGAGUUCAGGCAAUUCCAAACCAUUUCGGUUCGACUUUGGGAAGUUACCGGACGUGAAAUCUUUGAUCCCAGUUGGGGUUGGGACUAACCCAUCUUCAGCCUUGACGUUUAACCGGAGGCGUAAAGACCCACGAACGGUGUUUGUUGCUGGUGCAACUGGGCAGGCUGGAAUUCGCAUUGCGCAAGCACUUCUGCGUGAAGGUUUCAGCAUUCGAGCCGGUGUCCCAGACAUAAGUGCGGCGCAGGAGCUAGCUCGUCUUGCUGCCGAAUACAAGAUAAUCUCUAAUGAAGAAUCAAGACGACUCAAUGCUGUUGAGUCCACAUUUCAAAAUGCUGAAUCAAUUGCAAAAGCAAUUGGGAACGCUAGCAAAGUCGUAGUUACUAUUGGUCCAGCAGAAAAUGGUCCAACAACUGAGGUCACCACAUCAGACGCCCUACAAGUAAUACAAGCUGCCCAAUUGGCUGGUGUUGGUCAUGUGGCCAUUGUCUAUGAUGGAACAUUGAUGAAUUCCUCAACCUACAAUGUAUUGGAUGGUCUCUCAUCAUUCUUUAACAAUCUGUUUUCGCGAUCACAGCCAUUAACAUUGUCAGAGUUUUUGCAAAAGUUAGUUGAGACGGAUGUUAGCUACACACUCAUAAAGACCAGGUUAACAGAGGAUUUCUCUACCGAGAGUUCUUACAAUGUUGUCGUGACAGCUGAAGGAAGUGCUGGUGCAAACGACUACAAAGUUGCAAAGUUGCAGAUAGCUUCGCUGGUGGCAGACGUUUUCUCCAACACUGAAGUGGCAGAAAACAAGGUUGUGGAAGUGUGUACUGAUCCAUCAGCACCGUCUAGGUCUCUAAAUGAACUUUUCAGUGCCAUUCCUGAGGAUGGAAGAAGAAAGGCUUUUGCAGAAGCUCUUGCAAAGGCAAAAGCUGAGGAAGAAGCCAUAAAUGCUACUGAGAGUGCUCGUGAAGCCGCCAAAGCAACAAAGAAGCUUGAAGAAGAGGUAAAAAAACUGGAAGAGCAAGAAGUUCGGGCUGCUAAUCUUGCCGAAAAAGCCCAAGAAAAGGCAGCUGCUGCAGGAACUUCGGUUGAGAACCUCGUGGACAAAGCAAAAGGCUUAAGUUUGGGGCUGUCUUGGGAAAAAUUCAGCUCACAGCUUUCAUCAUCUGUUCAAAAGCCUACCGAGGAACCUAAAGUGCGGAUUGCCACGGUCAGGGGACAGGCCAAGGCUCAGACUUUGCCUGCCCAGAAAUCAUUCUUCACAAAAUCAACCCAAAAACCUCCUGCUUUGAAAUCUAAAUCAGAAGCCAAGCAAACAGAUUCUAAAAAAGAAGUGAGGAAGGUUUUUGGUGGCUUGUUUCAGCAAGAAACCAUCUAUGUUGAUGAAGACUAAGAAGACCCAAGUUGCGAUCUAUAUUUUAUCUCGUGAGUCUUUCUGUAUCUAUGAGAUUUACAUUUUGAAUGAUUGAUGUCACAAUUGUGAGCAAGAAAUGUUUAUUGACGUCAGGACUUUAGGCGGCUUACCAGUCCCCGGUCCCCAAAUUGACACGUGGAUUAAUACAGUCCAUAUGGAACUCAAAAGGCGCCGGGAGAUGGCACCAAUGAGUUAUUACUCAAAAGAGCCGAGUGAAUAAGCUGGGAUUAGUAUUUAAGGAGAUAUGACAGCUCAUUAAUGAGGACUUGAGUGACUGUGACAUGGUUAUUAAUGAACCUCUGCAUCCUCGAGGCCCCAAACUGAC